AUGAGUGUGGAAAACGUUGCAUUCAUGAAAAAAGUUGCACUAGUGACAGUGAUAGGACUUCCUGGAAGUGGAAAAAGCACUUUGUGUGGUCAUUUAUGCAAGCUGAAGAUGGAUGAAUGUUUUGUUAUGUGGAUAGAGUAUGACAAACUUAUUCCAUCAGAGAUAUUCUCUCAAAAUCCUGACAAUAAUUACUGGAAAGAUUGGCGUCAAGCUGUUCUUAGCUGUACGGAAAGACUCUUGGCUUCUUGGAGGAGUACUGAUUUUGUGCAAGUUUUAAGUGAAGAGGAAAAGGUUAUUUGGUUGAAUCUAAGCGAAUAUUCUACUUUAAAUGCGGAGAAGAUCAUAGUUCUACUGGACGAUAACUUCUACUACUCUAGCAUGCGUCGUGUAUUUUACAGCUUAGCAAAAAAGUAUUCAUACAGUUACGCAUCAGUAGUUUUCAAGUGUGAUGUAGACAUUUGUAUUCGUAGGAACUGUACCAGAAUGAAUCCUGUCGAUGAACACACCAUUCAUAAAAUGGCUGAAAAGUUCGAAUGGCCUGAUCCAGUUAACAACUUAUGGGAAAAGUACACCAUUUUGGUUAAUUCGUCUAAUGAGGAUGAUGUUGAUGAUGCCUUAUUGAACACUUUGAAAUCUGUACUCGACUCUCCAAUCAUAAACGAUGAUUUUGCAAAGGAAGAAGAGAAAAACAGAGAUAGAAGUAUCAAUCUUGAAAGUCUGCUACAUAAUGCGGACAAUCAUUUAAGAAAAGUUGCUAAUCAUAUAAUCAAGUCAAAGGAUCCGUCAUGGAGGACUCUAUAUGCUAAAAGCGUGUCGAAAGUUAAGUUGGAAACUUUGCGAAUGCUGCAUGAUGUUCUUUACAAGGAAGAUUCGGUUUGGAGUAUCGAAGAUUGUCAAAAUUUAGCGGAAAAUUUGUUUCAUGAACAACUUUCUAAAGUUUUCAGCGAAGAAUUACUGCCUGAUAUAAAAUGA